AAAGAACCCUAGACUCAUGUUUCUUUCUUACAUGAAUCAAUGAUGGAAUUUCACGUGCCUCCUUCGUUUUCGCUCUCGUUUAUCUCUCACCUCUCUUUUUGCUUGCCCUGUUAAAACAAUCAACCAGUCCUUUCAUUGAUUUUUAACUUCUAGGGUUUCAAUCGCUUCUUUAGAAGCAUUUUAUAUAACACCCUUCUCUUUCUUUUCUUCUUUUUAAUUUUAUUUCGACAUGUCUAAGAGGGUACUGUGCAAGUUCUUUGCUCAUGGAGCAUGUCUGAAAGGCGAGCAUUGUGAAUUUUCACAUGAUUGGAAGGAUCCUUCGAAUAAUAUGUGCACUUACUACCAGAAAGGAGUCUGCUCAUAUGGUAGUCGAUGUCGAUAUGAACACGUCAAGCAUUCUCGAUCUGAGUCAUCUGCUUCAUCUUCGUCAACAAUUUCUCGUCCUUCAAGAGCUGUUUCCAGUGGAGUAACUACAGUUCCUGGAGCUGUUCCAGAGCUUUCUGCUUUGAGUAGACCUUAUCAUCCUCCUGAUAUACCAGUAUGGAAUUUGGAUUCUGGGUGUAAUGAUUCUUUAGACAAUGUUGAUGUGGUGGAGCCAAGGAAUCUUAAACCAGCUGAUCUUUCAAUCUGUUCUUUUGCUGCUGCUGGUAAUUGUCCCCGUGGGGAAAAAUGUCCUCAUGUUCAUGGAGACAUGUGUCCAACUUGUGGGAAGCAUUGUUUGCAUCCUUUCAGACCUGAAGAAAGAGAAGAUCAUUUGAAAACAUGUGAGAAAAAGCAAAAGCACCUUGAGGCUUUAAGACGUAGCCAGGAAAUAGAAUGCAGUGUGUGCCUUGAUCGUGUUUUAUCAAAGUCGACACCAGCUGAACGAAAGUUUGGAUUGUUGUCUGAGUGUGAUCAUCCAUUCUGUAUAUCUUGUAUCAGGAAUUGGCGUAGUAGUUCCCCAACCUCUGGAAUGGAUGUCAAUACUGCAUUGCGGGCUUGCCCAAUUUGCCGCAAGCUAUCAUACUUUGUCAUUCCAAGUGUCAUUUGGUAUUACACACCAGAAGAAAAGCGGGAAAUUGUUGAUAGCUACAAGGCAAAACUCAGGUCAAUUGAUUGCAAACACUUCAACUUUGGUAAUGGGAAUUGCCCAUUUGGAACUAGUUGUUUCUACAAGCAUGCAUCUCAAGAUGGCCGUUCGGAGGAAGUUGUUCUCCGUCACCUUGGGGCUGAAGAUGGAAACACGGUGAUAGCCAAAGAUAUCAGGCUGUCAGACUUUCUUAGUAAUAUGCAUAUAAGGUGAAAAGCACUGCUAGAGUCUUCCAGUGAUAUCAAAUAUGUCUAUAUAUGCUGCAACUUUGAUGUGGAAGUCCUCUUCUAUUGUCGGUGUCAUACUCUAGUUAUUUUUGAGGAUUGCUUGCUGAGUGAGUCUUUAAAUGAGGGAGGCUGGAGCAUGGUGUGGGUUGCAUAAUAUAAGAUCUGAAUUAAAUAAGAUUGAUAUGACAGGAGUGAUGAAUUUGAAAUAAAAAUAUAAUGUGUCAGUUUCAGAAUAUUUUUUAACCCACUUGGCAUGGCAUCCGUCCCCAAAACUGUAUGUAUUUUGCGACUGGGUUUUAUUUGGAUGGUUACCAGGUUGUUCCCUUUUUCUCUCAAAAAGGAUUUGUGAGAUACCCUGGUAACAUAUAUUCUAUACCCUGCAUAACACAGAAUGUUGUACUGUAAGUGUAUACAAGAAAAGCUUUGAAAUCUAUAAAAGCUAAAGCCUACCCUUGAAUAUA